AUGAAAAUCAAGUUAAAGUAUUACAAUGAUUGGGGAGAAGAAUAAAUUUGUAUUAUUAAGGUGCCUUCAAAAGGAACAGUGGAUGACUUGUAAUCUGAAAUACAGAAGGUCACAUAAAUUGAGGUAUGUAAUCAAAAAUUGUAUUUAUUCACUAAAUCUCAAAUGAUGGAAAUUGAAAAGCACUCUUAUUUAAGUUCGAUUCAAUUUAGUCCAGAAUCGAUAGUAUUUGUCAAAAAUGUUGAUGAUUAAUUUAGCAUAAACUCUUCUUUUAAUUCUCAAAAAUAAUAAUAAUAAUUUAAGUCCUAUAAUUCAAAUAGUCUCGCCGCAGAUCUACAGAACACUUUGAAUGAUUCCUUUCAUAACUCCUUUAAGAAUAAUCAAUUUAAGUCGAAUACCAAUAUAAAUUAGCACAAUGAUAUUGAAAAGUUUUAUGAGUUUAUCCAGACAAACAAUUUUUAGAAAGCAAAACACUUAUUAGAUAAUUAUGAAAAGAAUAAGAACCUACUUCUAAAUGAUCUGUCUGUAUUUGGAUGGUCAUCUCUACAUGUAGCUAUAGUAACUGGAUAUGAAAAGAUCGUCUUAUGGCUAUUAAGUGAAGGGGCUGAUGUGAAUUUGGAAACAAAUGAUGGAUGGAAUUGUCUCUCUUUGGCUGUUUGUCUAAAAUUAAAUUAAAGUAUUGCGAUUGUAAUUAUCAUCAGUUGUAUUGUUUUUAAUUGGAUAACCAGAUAUCAACAUCAACAAAGCAAGCAAACAUGGAACUGCUUUGCAUUUGGCUGCCCAAAUAGAUGAUGCUGAAAUAACAAUGUCUCUGUUACAACAUCCGAAUAUUGAUGUAAAGUAGUUAAUCAUUAAUAAUUUCAGUAUUCAAGACAAGACUAAUAGAAGACCGAUUGAAAUUGCAGGCACACAAGUUAGAUAGCUAUUAAAAUAUGAAAAUGAACUGAAAUUGAACACAGUCUAUAGAAAUUCAUUUAUGAAAUCAAUGAAUGGGAUCAAUCUGGAGGAUUUGCAGAAAGAUGUAUAAUGAUUUUGUAUAAAAGAGACUUUUAUAAUAAAUAAACCAACCAGGCCACCAAUUCUAACUGGAAAAGUAUUGAAGGUUAAUUAUUUCAAAUUGAUUAUGUAUCAAAGAUUUCUGAUUGCUGAUCCUGAUUCUGGAACACUAGUAAGAUUCAAAACUGAGAAAGACAUUCCUAAUAAUCCAAAGUAUUGAAACCUAAUAUUUUAAGUGAAGUAAUUGCAUUAGAUUAAAUAAAUGAGAUCAAAGUCACAAAGGAUGAGUGGUUUUAGGAAGAUGAAUAUCAUUACUUAGAAAUCAAAUAUUCAACUAAUCAUCUCUUUAUAGCAUUCAAAGAAACUAAUGCUGCUCGAAGAUGGUAUGAAGGUCUGAAGAAUUGUGUAGGAUAUGCUCGUUACAUCAACCAAAAUUUCCUCGUAAGAGGUUCUACUGAUGAAAUUAAGAAUGCCAGACGAGCAUACAAUUUAAUGCUACAGAAACCUAAUUAAAUUAUGAAUAUUGUAGAUUCGAAGGCAAUCGAAUAACAACGAUAUAUCUAAUAGCAAUAGAAAGCAAAAAAGGAGAAAUUUAAAUAAUCAUUAGCCAGUGUAAGUGAGGCAGAAUACGAGGUUGAUCUUGUUGACGAAAAGGGAAGUUAAAAAAAAUUAAGUAAUAUUGGUUUAUCAAGUUUAUCAAACUUUGAAUUGAUUGGUAAAGGCAGUUUUGGAAAAGUUUACAAGGCUAAAUACAAAAAUCUUUAUUGCGCUUUGAAAUAAUAAGAAAAGAGUAUGUUAAUCAAACAAGACUUUUUAAAUUAUACACUAUUAGAACUUUAAAUUCUCAAAACCAUUAAGCAUCCUUUCAUUGUUCGCCUAUAUUUUGCUUUCUAAGUUUUUAUACCAAUAAUUCUAGACCUAAAAUUACUUAUACUUGGCCACUGAACUGUGUCCUGCAGGUGACUUAGCAAGGUACAUGACUAGGGGAAAGAUCUUGGAUGAAUAUACCUCCAAAUUCAUUGUUGCUCAAAUAAUAUUGGCUGUCGAAUAUCUUCACUCCAAGUCCAUUCUUUAUAGAGAUCUCAAGCCAGAAAACAUCUUGAUAGAUUCAGACGGAUAUAUCAAACUUACAGAUUUUGGCUUAUGCAAAAAAGGUCAAUUAGGCUAAGAGAUUAUUGCCAAAAGCUUCUGUGGCUCUCCAGCUUAUCUUCCACCUGAAUUGAUUGAAGGUAUUGGAUCAUCUAAAGCAACUGAUAUUUACUAAAUAGGAACUAUUUUAUUUGAAAUGCUUACAGGCUACCCUCCGUAUUUUAACACCAAUAUUAAAACUUUAAUUGAAAAUAUCAAAUAUUGUAAAUUAAAUAAUUUUCAAAUUAUAGAACAAUUAUAAAUUCCCAAAGGAAUUAGUGCUACAGCUGCAGACCUUUUAAGAUCAUUGCUUGUUAAGUCUCCUAAGGAAAGAUUAGCCUAAGUAGACCUCCAUAAAAUAAAGAAACAUUUGUUCUUUGCUGAAAUAGAUUGGAUCAGAUUGCAGGCUAAAUAAUAUAAGCCUCCAGGGUUAACACUUCGAAACAAUUGUAAUAACAGCAGAAACGGGUUUAAAUUUUUAGAAAAUAAAAAUGUACUCUAAAUUGAAGUAUUUUUAGGACCUUAACGACAUAGAUUAUAAAGAUGGAUCGGAAAAGCUUAAUUUCAUUUAGAAUUGGAACAUUUCAUUCAUUUGA